AUGUCUACCAUUCUCAGAAUGGGAGGUCCACCAUCACCUCCUAUGGAUCGUUUUCUGGCAUGCCAUGAUCGUCGGGCUAUCCGCUCCAUCACCCGGUCCGUGACUCUCCGACCUAGUCAGAAAGAGGGUGGAUUCAAUACGGUUUCGCAUAAGCGGCUGAACACACGAAUUCUUCUACUGGCGAGAGACGUCAUUGCGCACAUGGAAGCACUUCAAUCUUUCUCCCUAACAACACACCCCGCUGAGCCCAAGCUCAUGUUGUGGAUUCUCAGGUCAACCAUCUCGACCGUUCUCAAAGCACUCCCUGCAAGUUGCGUGAAUCUGGAGCUUGUCACACGAGGUGGAGAUGGGACCAGAAUCGGGGGGAAUGCCGGCGACCCGACGCACCUCUGCGAGGAGAUACGCCGCCUGCUGCCUCGCAUGCAUCAUGUUCACAUCGACCUCGCCUCUAUAUGUGAUGCCAUGCUAGGCAUGUGGGAUUCGGGCCACGUUUUCCGUCCCAUCAAACUCGCAUGCAUCCGAAGGCUCCAUAUUAACUGCGUGAGCAUGGAUGGGAGGAAAAGGUGUGGUGGCCACCACCACGAUGGCGACGGCGAUUGGUACUCUGGCCAUCGCCCCCCUAAAUCACUCUGGGACUCGAUUAUUCGAGGCUUACAGCACGUGGUAGAGUUGCAAGAUAUAGAUACAGGCGAAAUCACGGUUCUAGGAUCCGUUCCAAGCGGUAACGACUUCAACAAGGACAGAUAUUGGACCUUGCUGCGUUGCCAUGUCAGAAGAGGUCACAACGAAAUCACAACCUGGGCCUUCCCGAUCAUCCACAUUACACCGGUGGACGAAAACAACCUCGCCUGGUAUAUCCGCGUCAAUGACGGAGCGUUUAUAACGUUGGAUAGACGUCCACUUUAUGAUCUUGUUGCAGGAUUCCCGUGGAGGACAUUGACUACAGGCCCGAAACUGCCCGCUGCUGUUGACCCCCAUGCGCCGCGGGUCUCGGAUGAGGAGCUUGGGAUACUCAGUGAGGCCCAAUGGAAGAAGAGGUAUCCAAGGAAGAUACCCAUCCUUUGGCUAAAUGAGAAGAAGACGGGGAUGCGAUUGAUAGAUGCUGAGGAACAGGAGGGCUCCGAGAUGAGAGGCACGGUAGAGAUGACGCCAUCAGGCUUUGUCCGACCAACUGAACAGGGGUAUUUUCGCAGCCAGGUGUUUACAGAGGAGGAAUGGGAGCACAUGAGGGAGAAUGUACCGGAGGACGGACCGGAAGAGGAAUCGGAGUAG